AGCGCUCCUGCAGGCGACCACAUAUUUCAAACGGGUCUAGUGGUGAAAACAUCCGAGGUGUCGCUGUGAAGCGAAGAAAUGGCAGCUUUGUUGUUAUGAAUUAAGUUGUUAGCGUGUUAGUUUUUUGUGGUUGUGAGCUUGGUGAAGAUGUUAUAUGGAAGUUUACAGUAAUAGAAGGCAGAUUCUGAUCGGAUGUAUCGUUAAGAAGCACGAUUUGACUCUGGUGUCCGUGGCUUGGUCUCAAUGGACUCGCGUAUCAUCACACCUGGCCCCUACAGGGCCACUAAACUGUGGAAUGAAGUAACUAAGCUUUUCCGGGCAGGUAUGCCUCUGAAAAAGCAUCGGCAGCACUUUAAAGUUUACACAAACUGCUUCACUGCGACUGCAGCUGUUGACUGGUUACAUGAACUUUUAAGAAACAACAGCAAUUUUGGACAAGAGGUCACUAGGCAGCAGACUGUUCAGCUCUUAAAGAAGUUUUUCAAAAACCAUGUUAUUGAAGAUGUGAAAGGCAGAUGGGGUUUGGAGGACUUGGAGGACAACAGCCAACUCUACAGGUUUCCAUCCACAUCCCCACUGAAGCCAAUCCCUGGUGGUCCAGAAGGUGUAAGGAAGAAGAGUUUUUCUUUGAAGGACAGAGAAGGUUUUUUCAAAUUAAGGGGUUCCAAGAAGUUUGACAAAGAAAUUCAAGAAAAUAUUGCUCCAGUGGCAGAAGAUUCAUCCAGUGGCCAACACACAGAGGAGACUGAAAACUGUAGAGAUAUCACAGAUGAUGACAUUCAGGAGAUUUGGAGAAGUGUGACCUUAACACAUUUACAGAAGUUAUUGGGUUUGCCAUCACUGGAAGAAGUUUUGAAUCCAGCCCAAGUCAAUCCUCGCUUCAUUGUGUAUAACAUGACCAAAGUCAACAAGCAUGGAGUUGUUACCCUAGAGGAUAAAACGGACGAUCUGCCACACUGGGUUUUGUCAGCCAUGAAAUGUCUUGCAAACUGGCCGAAGUAUGACUCGAAUCAGCCCUCUUACCCAGGCUUCGAAAGGGAUGUCUUUAAGUUUGUGUCGGACUACUUCUACAGUCUCCCUGAGCCUCUGCUCACCUUUCAGUUCUAUGAGUUGUUUGUUAACGUCCUGGUUUUGUGUGGCUAUGUCCCAGCUCCCAGAACUCAGCGUGGAAAGCGUAAGAACCUGGAGGAACUGAGCUGUCCUCAACCACCCAAAGCUCCUCACCUGAACACUGCUAACCUGUUCAGAUCUACCGAAUGCCUCUUGCUGAGCUUGAUAAGAAAGGAGUCCUUUGAUGAGACUGAUUCCCCGAUGAAAGAAGUGUUCACUUCUAAAGUAAAGAGCCAGGCUGCAGCUUCAAGAACACACUCCACUGCAGCUCCGUUUAACAGGCUUCGGCCCAGGAGCUGCUCUCUGGAGAGAAUCCUGGAUGAAUCUGCUGAUUCAUGUUCAAAACCUGAGAUCUUCAAGUCUGUGGAAAGUCUUGCAUCCUGCAGAACUGUCAGCAGUGAAGGGUCCCACCCCCAAGACAGUUCUCUAACAAACACUGAUGUUAAACCUGAAAGCAAGACAUUUUCCUCCAUGACUGUUCUGUCCAGUAAAACCCCCUCAGGUGAGGCUAAUUUAGAUGACAAUCAAUCACAAACCAGAAGCAGAUCAAGCUUCAAUCUCUUCUCCGAGCAUCAACCAACCAACCAGAACCAGAAGUCAUCCAGACCUCGUCCCAGGAGUGUCGGAAACUGCCUCGACCUACUGGAGCACAAAGAAAUGUCAGCGAGCUGCUUUAGCAUCAAUGCUCCUGUAGCAGAAAUUACUAUGAGACCAGACUUGUCCUCCUCCACCGUUGGCCUUAGAGGUCACAGCAUGGUCCGUUUGCAUGGAAGCUGCUUGGACGUUAGCACAGGGCCGACCAUUAGCAGACGUUGUUACAGCUCACUGGAUUUGUGCAAGCCUGUGCACUCUCACCCCUCAGUGUCCUCUGUUGCACGCCGUUUGAGUCCUGACCAAAGGUUGCUGCAGCCUGCAUUGGAGCGUCUUGCUAUUGAGGCUCUGCAGCUCUGCACACUUCUUCUCCCUCCUGUGUCUCGCCGCAAGUUGCAGCUGCUCCUUCGCAUGAUCUCGCGCAUGAGCCAGAAUGUGGACAUGCCUCGUCUACAUGACGCCAUUGGGACUCGCACACUGUUAGUGCAAACCUUCUCGCGCUGUGUGUUGAGCUGUGAGGAGGAGGUGGAUUUGGAUGAGCUGCUGGCCACCAGGUUGCUGUCCUUCCUUAUGGAUCAUCAUCAGGAAAUCCUCCAGGUCCCUCUUUACCUGCGCAAUGCUGUUGAGGACCAUAUUUCCUACCUCAGAUCCCAGCCAAGACACUCUGGUAUGGUUCCUGAUCUUGGCAUGCCAGCCUACUCGUUCUGCAGACAGAUCAGCGCUCAGGAGUUUGAGGAGCAGAAGCUGUCUGUGUCUCAAGCAGCAAUUGCAGAACUACUAGAGAGUCUAAUUAAGGACAAAGCCAUGUCUGUUAAGGAGAAGAAGAAGAAACUCAAACUGUUUCAGAAAGAGUAUCCUGAUAUCUACUUGCGGCGAUUCCCCACCACAGAGAGCGAGGCCCAGCUUUUCGCAGAUAAACCAAAGAUCAAACCACCUCUGCUGAUGGGCCUAAAGAAGACUAAAGCGUUCAGUAUUCGAAACUGAAUUUCUGUCUGUAUGUCUGUGUGUUAAAGAGAUGAGUGAUUCUUAUUUGUGAUCUGAUGCAGUUCAGGGAGUUGUGUCAUUGGUUUUCUUUGUAUGGCUCAGCCUUGGCAUUUUAUGUGUUUAUAACUGCUUUUUGUAUUUGGAUAGUGUCUGGAUAUACUAGACCGAUUCUGUCCAUCAUGUCCGUUUUAUAUCCUCUAAUUUUACUUGCACGAUACAGUAUGUGGCUAGUUUAAAAUGACUGUGGGGGUUCUGUAGCACCGUGGAACGAUAGUUCUUGUAUUCCAGUGACAGAAUAUUAAACAGCAUGAGGAGGCAAGAUUCCCAAUAAUAAUUACUUAAAUUAAGGUUUAUUCGGUUCACAAUACAUCGUUGGGUUGUUUACACCUUAAUUCUCAUUCAGACAAGUCAAAUGUGGUCUGUUAUUGACAGACUUCUGGUAUUUACCAAGCCUUCUUUCAACCUAUGGUGUGUUAAACAUAAAGACCUCCACAGACUAGUCUUUAAGGGACAACUUGAGUAAAACUGACAUUUACCAGUCACAUUCUUUCAUCUCAUACUCUCAUAAUUUGUAAUUAAGCUAAUAUCAAAUGUGAGAAUUUCGUUUCUUGUGUGGCGGCCUUAUGGAUGGGAUCACAGGACUGGCCGAACCAAUGAUUUAAACGAUUGCCUGGGAUUUUCAUAAAGUAUUUUAAUAUGUUUACUCUUACAGUUAAGCUCUGAAAUAUUUGUUUUUUUGUGUGUUUUGUUUCUCCUCAUUUUCUGUGUUGGUUAUUUAUUUCAAAGACAUUAAAUAGUUGCAAUAUAUAUAUAUAUUUUUGUGGGAACUACAAAAACAGCCUUUAGUAAUGACCAAAAUCAAGAUCAUUUGAGGAUUAUCUGCAUCUUUAAAAUAUAAUCUUUGCUCAACUGCUUUUUGCCUCUUAGGUUGUUUCUCUCUAAGUUGUACUGAAAUAAGAAUUAAAAUGUUAAGUGUUUACAACACAAUUAGGUAAGUUUUUAAAUGAAGAGUUUUUAAACUAAUGAAGGCCUGUAUUUUUAAUAUUAUUAACAAUGUAGUAACAUGGUGUGUCUUUUAUUAUUUAUGUCCUUUUCCCUGUUCUUUCUUGGUUUAUAAUAUAAGGACCUUUCCUGUCCCGUUUUUGUUUUAUCGACCUGUUCUUAUUAAUGUGCUUAACUGAAGGUGCUUUUUGAGUUUUAAUGAUUCAGAGUCAGCAUUGUGUAUUGUAUAAUUGGAUUAUGUAAGCUAACAUGCUUGAAAGGAAUUUUUAAUGACUGUAGCAACUCAUCAUAACCUGAACCAAAUUGCAGUUCAGUAGAUUUACAAAUCAAAGACUGAACAGAUUAGGAAUUUUUCUUAAGGUUUCUGAAUAGAAACGCAUCUGAAUUUUUCAUCUUUUAUUUUCAAUGCACUAUGGGAGAAGUUUCUUUUUUUUUUUUACAUGCACUGUAUGAUUCGGUUAUUGAGUUUGAUCAGCAGUCUUGAGCAAAAUCUGUUGCCAAAUAGCUAAAUAAAUAAUAACUUUGCUGUUAUUUUCUAUGCAAUAAACCUUGUAAAUAAA